GGACUGGAGCUCUGAAACGGCGGUGUAGCGAAGGGUGAGUGUUUCGUCUGUCGCGUCGCGGGUACGGUGAUCCUCUGCCCGUAUUAGGUUCGUUUAAGUUGCUGCAGAGAGCUACUUUUCUACAACUUCUGUUAGCUGCCCCGUUGGCGCAGUAUCUGAGCGGUUUCCGUUUCGUACACAGUAGUAGCUGCUUUGCAUUUGAGAAGAUGGUUCCUGUGCAGCAACAGCAAUCACAGCAACAGCAAUCACAGCAACAGCAAUCACAGCAACAGCAAUCACAGCAACAGCAGCAGAGGCAGCCAGUGUCUGAAUACCAGACCUGUUGGCAGGGCACGCUUCAAUGGGUAGAAAAGAUAGAAAAUCCUACCAAUAUUAAUGAAAUACCAUGUCAGAUUUCAAUGCACCCAGAAGAUAAACAAGAUUGGAAUGCUGACACAUGGCCUCAGAAACUAAUCAUGCAGUUGGUGCCAAAACAACUGAUGGCAGUUAUUGAUGGAUUUGUCCUGUACAAUUCAAAUCCUCUGCACUUCCAUCCACAGAAUUGCAAAGCCCUUGAAUCUGUGGUCAAAAUUAUGCGUUAUGGUUUUGCGGGCUGUGUUUAUUUCAAGAGCAUAUCGCCAGAGGCAGAAAGUGACUUGAAAUAUGUUAUCCUUUUGUACAUAUCAGACCAGCAUGAAUUCGUGGGAUUUAUCCCUAAGAAUCAGACAACGUUAUUAGACAAUCUCAGUCGUGCCCUAAAGCAAAAAAUGUCAAGCCUGAUAUUGAGAAAUCAGUCCCAGGAGUUGGUUCUUGAGAAACGGCAUACACAGCAACAACAACAGCAACAACAAGAGCAACCACAGCAACAACAACAGCAGCAGCCAGAGGAGGAACACCAGACCCUCUGGGAAGGACUUCUAGAGUGGAUAGACAGGACAAAAAGUCCCAACGAUGCUGAUCAAAUAAUAAGACAUAUACCAUGUCGAAUUUCAGUAAAACCAAAGGACGGUGCACCAGACUUGAAGGCUGACUCAUGGCCUCAGAAACUAAUUGUGCAGUUGGUGCCAAAAGAACUGCUUGGAGUUGUUGGUGGUAUUUUUCUGAAAAAUUCAAAUCCUCUGCAUUUCCAUCCAGAGAACUGUGAAGCUCUUGAAUUAUUGACCGGAGCUUUGAGUUCUGGAUAUGCGGGCUAUGUCCAUUUCAAGAGAGUGACGUCGACGCCGACGUCAGAGUGUAACGUUAAGGUUAUUGUCCUUCUUUACGCGUCAUUGAGGAAUGAAUAUGUUGGAUUUGUCCCUAAUGAUGAUCCAGCGUAUAUGGCAGGUGUCCAUAGUGCCAUAAGGGAAUCGAGCCCAAGCGAAGCAGCUUUGAUUCAGAAGACAGCAGAGUGGAAUACCAUGCAGCUCUCCAAAGCCUUGGGCUCUUCUGGCCCGAUUCGCAACAUUCGACGCAGCUGCCUGCUAGCUCGCUGCUCCGGGCUGCCUCACCCCCCCACAGUUCACCGCACUGGAAGCCCUCGCUCUCAGACACCAGAGCAGGAUCAACAAAUACCACUUGCGCAACAGCAGCAAUCUCAGCAGGAGCAGCAACAGCAGCAGCAGCAGCAGCAGCAAGGUCCAGGAGGCACUAUUCAAGAUCGUCAGGCAGCAGGAGGUCCUGGUCCUCAACAGCCGCCAAUUGAUAACAUGGAAGUUGGUCAACAGGAAACCCAAGAAAUGCAAGAAAAGUCCCAACUUGAGAAAAAUUGCACCAAAUGACUGGAAAACUCCUUGAACACCCCCAAUUAUGGAACAUAUAAUUUACUUUAUGAAAAUAGAUUCAAAUAUGUAUGUAAGAAAUAACUUGUGCAAGAAGACACUUGCCAUGGUACGGGUACACUACUAGUCUGGCAAUCCUAGUCAGAAUGUCACCAUGUACCUGAGGGCGAAGUUGGCUGGCUGUUGACCAUCUGGUAGAGUGCACAUGGAAGAGGCUGCGUGCAUCCGUGAGCGGCGGCCUCUGCUGAUCCUAGUGUCUUCGAAUUUCCAUGGUGCACCUUACAACUGUGCGCUUGGAUCUCAGUUGUGGACUCUGUGUGGUUUCCUACAGUGAUAUACUCGUAAAAUGAAAUUAAGUUUUUAUAAGUAGGCUACUACUACUUUUUGUUUAAAGCUGUUGGUGACAUUCAUAAAGUAAUAGCUCAUGUGUAGUAUUUCAUAUUAGUAACAAUAAAUUAUAAUUUCAGUACCCAUCA